AGCAUUCGACUUUGACACCUUCCAGGAGAUAUUAGGCAAAUGAUUUCAUUUUCAAACAAAUUGUGACGUGUUUUGGUUAAACAAAAACCUACAUUUUGGGAACUAAACAAUACUAAAUCGUGAUAAAUUGUCUGUUUCGGGGUGUUUAAUCGAAAUAGAAAGCAAAAUUUUUGAAUAAUUCAGCGAUUUCAACAAAUUCAAACGUACUAACUCAUCGUGAUCGAAACUUAAUUGUCAUCAAACUCAAAAUGAUUGCAAACGUUUGUGUGGAAGGAACGCAUCGGCUAACGAUUCACCCGGAAACAAAUCGUCGAGAGGACAUCAUUGGAGCCGUAUCAAAAGCAUUGAAUUUGUCGCCAGCCGAAUUUUAUCUAACGCAAAAUGGGAAGUUGAUCAGAAGCGACAAUAUUGAUACAUCGGCGAGUACAAUUCAUGUGUGCAUGCGAUUGGCCGGCGGUAAAGGAGGUUUUGGUUCGAUGUUGCGUGCAAUUGGCGCACAAAUUGAGAAAACAACCAAUCGAGAGGCAUGUCGUGAUUUAAGUGGACGCCGUUUGCGUGAUAUUAAUGAAGAGAAACGAAUGAAAGAGUAUUUAGAGAAGAAGGCAAAAGAAGAAGAGGAAGGUAGCUCAAAAAUUGCCAAGAAAAUUGAAAGACUACGCUCAAAACCAAAACAUGAAUUCAAAGACGAUGAAUAUUUUGAGGCCCGAUCGAAUUUAUUGGACGAUGUAUCAGAAGCACUAGAAGAAGGCUUUAAAAAUGCAACCGCUUCGAGUUCAGCCACAACAACGAGUGGCAUCAGCUCGGUGUCCGCAAGCAAUGAAAAUGACGGUAACGAUGUCAUUACAGAAGCUGGUAGCGGUGGAAUGAAGCGAAAAAACACAAAAACAGGGAAAAAGCAAAAAAAGAAGCUAAAAGGAGCUCAGUGGCUUGACGAUGGCUUGAGUUCAGACGAUUCAAGUGAUUCCAAUGACGAUUCUGGUGAUGACUCAAGCGGUAAAUCGGACAAACCAGAAUCUACCUCUGCUGCACAGAAAAACGAAAACCAAGCAUAGAUACUCAUUUGCCAAUUUUCUAUGUAAUUUUUUCCCUCGAAUCGAUAAAAGCACUAUUUUCGUCCAAAAAAAAAAUUGAAACUGUAUGCGUAGAUGUUGAGAAUAAAAAAAUCAAACAUUUUGUCUAGAAAUAAAA